GACCCAGUAGUGGGCUGUGUAGCUGCUGGCCGCUGCUGAAGACGCGACAUGCGAGUCCUGGUGCUGUUUCUGUGGCUGGCGGCGGCGUGCGCGGCGGCCGGCGUCGGCUCGGGUCUCGAACCCACGGCCGAGCAGAUAGACGCGCUGCUCUCCAACAAGCGGCUCGUCUCCAGAUACGUGCAGUGCCUGCUGGGCCGCAAGCGCUGCCCGCCGGAGGGCACCGAGCUCAAGAGAAUACUGCCGGAGGCCAUCGCUACGCGCUGUGCAAGGUGUACAACGGUCCAGAAGGCUGCUGCCAUUCGCGUGAUUCGACGCCUGCGGGCAGACUACCCCGCCGAAUGGGCCGAGCUGCAGGCACACUGGGACCCCACCGGCGUACACCUCAAGAGCUUCGAGCGCGCCCUGCUCAGGCGGCGCCCCGAUCGCCGCCUCCUGCACGCGUAGGCGCCGCCACCUUUACCACACGUAGUCUACAGCACAACUCUUUUCGGAUGGUGGAGGAGGAAAGAGACUGAUAAACAUUCUAUACCUUCCUAAAUUGUGUAGGAAGAUUAGCUCAUAUUGUUUGUUCGUCAUCGUGCCGUAAUAAUGAGUGUACGGUAGCGAGGCAUUUGCGAGAAGCAGAAAGCUGAUUGCUGUGUGCGAGGCUACGCCUGCUGUUUAUGCAAACCAGCAGACGCUCCUGCGCACGGCCUGCAUUCAGGCGCUGUGUGCUCGACGGACAACUACUUUUGAAUGCACUGCCUCUCGUCACGACUUCCCUACUUCAAAGUGCAAAUUCCACUAUCUCUCCCUAACUAUUUCUAUUUUAGGUACACGUUUUAUUACUACUGAACCUUUACUGAAAGAGGUUAGUGAUCACCAAAUUAUAGUAAGCAAAUAUAUUAAGAAUUUUAUGGGCAUUGAUAAUGCAGGGCAUCAUAUCAGGUGAUAACACCGUCCUCCAUGUUUAAUCUGGUUUCUCAUUAUCAUUGAGGUAAUUUGCUAGCAGUGGAUUCUUUUCUCCUCAUUUUCAUUUUCUAACUUUUCUGUCGGCAUAUUCCUUUCAUACAGAACGAUCAUUACACUACUGAAGGUUUUGGAGGCUUAUAUACUUUAUGUUACAGAAUGUGCCCGUUUGGGAACAGUGUAAGAACAUUACCAAACAACUAUUUUCUUUUUUCAAGUAGAUGUGUAAAUCGUAAGUCAGACUGCAUCUUUCUAAGUCAACACUCAGGCAAUGAAACAGUCUGAUAGAAAAUAGAGACAGAAGCUUUGGUACAGAGCUCAAAAAUAAUCAUUGGCCUAACAGAGGCUCUCAUACUUACAUUUCAUGAGAAUAUUACAUUAGUUUAAGCAUUAAAUAUAUCAUAUGUAGCGCAUAAGUCUGCUGAGAGGCAGCAGAUAGACAAUCCACAGCAGCGUUUACAGUUCAGAAGAACACCAGACAUUCGUUUCUAUUGGUUAAAUACUUGCGACAAUAUGUGUAAAUAAGCGAAAAUACUUUAUCGUAACUCAGAAGCCUAAACAAUGUCUUACAUAAACGCUGUUGCUCUAUACGUUUUUCCACAUAAGGCAUACGGUCGAUUUUAGAUAACUAACCACAUAUGAUUAAGAACACGAUAUUUAUUAUGUGUCUUUGUAUUCGAUUAGCAUUCUGGAUGUAAUAAUAUAAUGUAAAUAAAGGCUUUUAUACGAUAAAGUAUGAGACAAAGAAGA